AUGGCUUCCAUUGUUGACAUUCUCGACAUUCAGACACUUAUCCGAGGCCUCUCUUUGGCGUUGGUUCUAGUCUUCGUAUCGCAGUUUCUCAGAGAGCUCGCAGAUGGCUUUCCCUACUCGCAUAUUCCUAUCGUGGGACGCGGCAGAUGGGAGCUUUCCAAUUCCAAGGCCAAAGCACGCUACGUCCAUUCGGCAAAAGAGCUCCUUAGCCAGGGUUUUAGUGAGGGCAAGAAAGUCUUUCAACUCAUGUUUUCCCACGCGACGGUGAUUGUUUUGGACCCUUGUUUCGUUAACGAGGUCAAAAACAAUGUCAAUUUUAGCUUUACGCUGGUCACCAAGAAGUUGUUCUUCGGGGAAAGAAUCCCGGGUUUCGAGCCCUUUGAAGGUGGAGAUGAUAAAUACGAUGUGGUUCGUGAAACGAUCAGCAAGAAGCUUACAUAUCAGGUGCUCGGAAAACUCGUCUUGCCUCUUUCGAGAGAGACUGCCUUAGAAUUGAAGGAAUCUUUUCCCGAAUCCCAGGAAUGGCAAGAGGUCACCUUUGGAUUCAAACUCCCGUAUAUCAUCGCUCGCAUUUCCUCGUUGGUUUUCAUGGGAGACUCGAUCUGUCGCGACAAGGAUUGGCAGAACGUAUCAGUGAAUUAUGCCGUCGACGCAUUCGAAGCUGCUCGUACCCUGCGACUCUGGCCAGCCAUCCUCCGCCCAGUAGUGCACUGGUUCUUGCCCUGCAUGCAAAAGCUGCGGAAGCAUAUCACGGUGGCCACCGGUAUAAUACAAGACGAGAUCAACAAACGAGACAUGAUUCGGGAUGGCAAACUACCUGCAGGUCCCCCGAGAACCCACGAGGAUGCACUGGACUGGUUACCAGAGAUUGCUCGUGGCCGGCCCCUCAACCUCACGCGUUCCCAGAUUGGAUUGUCUCUGGCCUCCAUCCACACGACAUCGAAUUUUUUGCUCAACGUCAUGUACGACCUGGUCAUGUGGGACGAAUAUGUGCCGAUGCUGAGAGACGAGAUCAAGGCUGUCGUUGAAGAGGACGGAAUUCUGACGAAGAGUAGUCUCAUGAAGUUGAAGAAAAUGGACAGCUUUCUGAAAGAAUCUCAACGGAUGAAUCCCAUCAGUCUCGCCUUCCUCAACCGCGUCGCCCUCGAAGACGUCACCCUAUCUGACGGAACCCUCAUCCCGAAAGGCGCUACGAUCUCCAUCUCCGCGCACGUCAUGCAGGAUGAGAGCGUAUACCCGAACGCACAGAGCUUCGACGGUCUCCGCUUCUGGAAUCUGCGCCAACAACCCGGCAACGAGACGCGGUACCAGCUGGCGUCGACGAGCGCCGAGCAUUUCGGGUUCGGUCACGGCCUGCACGCAUGCACGGGACGGUUCUUCGCCACAACCGAGGUCAAGAUUAUCCUUAUCCACCUGCUCAUGAAGUAUGAUUGGAAAUUCGCCGACCGCACGAGCCGGCCGAGCUCGAUAAUGCACGGGAUGGAAAUCCUCAGCGACCCGACGGUCAAGUUGCUGUAUCGGUCUCGCGAGCCAGAGAUUAAUCUUGGGAAGUUGGGCGAGGAGGUCGAAUCGGGUGUAUCCAGCUCUAGUGGCGAGAGUUUUGAUAUCCUGUAG